GGGUUUCUCCAGCAGCCGAAGGUAAGGGAGCCGACGAAGAAGAAGAGUCCUCAACAGCAACAAUGGUUGAGAAGUCGAACAAAGCCAGAAAAGAGGAGAUUGUCACCAGAGAGUACACCAUCAACCUCCACAAGCGCCUCCAUGGAUGCACAUUCAAGAAGAAGGCUCCAAAGGCCAUAAAGGAAAUCAGGAAGUUUGCCCAGAAGGCUAUGGGAACAACCGAUGUCAGAGUCGAUGUUAAGCUAAACAAGCACAUCUGGAGCCGUGGGAUCCGAAGCGUUCCAAGGAGAAUCCGUGUCCGCAUUGCAAGAAAAAGAAACGACGAAGAAGAUGCCAAGGAGGAGCUUUUCUCGCUGGUCACCGUUGCAGAGGUCCCACCAGAGGGAUUGAAGGGCUUGGAAACUAAGAUCAUCGAUGAUGAGGAUUGAACCAACCAUGCCUCCCUGCCUUAAUUUUAGGUACUCCAGUUUUGGGUUUUAUGUUUUUCCGAUCUUAAUUCAGAAAAUGUUUUUGGUUGGUUUUGGAUUCUCUGUGGAAUUUCUCCCUAAUUAGAGUUGUUUAUCCCAUUUAUGCAUUCAGUUUGUGUUAGAAACAUGUGUGGACUGAAUUUUAUUUACAUCCCUUGCGGCUAUAGCUUUGAAUAUGAUCCUCUUUCAGCCCUCA